AGAGAACGUAGCAGAAACACUCAAUGAAUUAAAUGUUGAAGAUGAAGAAGAUGAUGAGCCUGAAGAAUCCAAAAAUGAUGAUGAAACGUCUAAAUCGAAAAAGAAACGAAAAAAGAAGAAGAAGAAAACUCAAUCAAAUGAACCUAGACCUGAUGGCCUUGAAACGACUUCUACCGAGAAUCAGCAACAACCUCAAGUACAGAUUGUAGAUACUGACGUUGCAUCUUCAACUCAACCGAUCUCACAUAAUGAUGAUGACGAAGAUAACGAUGAUACUCAGAUAAAUGGAACAGGUGCAGAAGGAAAAUCGACGACUAAGAAGAAAAAUAAGAAAAAGAAAAAGCCAGCAACAUCAACACAGCAAGAACAAAACGGUGAUUUAUCGCAAAAGACAAACUCGACGAUCAAGAAAGUACUCGAGCAAACAAAUCCACCUACAAUACCGAUAUGCGAAUUGUAUCCAGAUGGUAAUUUUCCAGAAGGACAAAUCAAGGAACAUCCGACACCAAAAAACUCUGACAAUGCGUUAGCAAUAAAUCGUAUUACAAAUGAAGAAAAACGUAUGCUGGAUAGCACACAAACGGAAAUUUAUCGUGAUUUUCGUCAAGCAGCUGAAUGUCAUCGUCAAACACGAAAAUUCGUAAUGAGUUGGAUUGAACCGGGCAUGAAAAUGAUCGACAUAUGUGAACGUCUGGAAGAUUGUAAUCGUCGUCUAAUAAAGGAACGUGGUUUAGAAGCUGGUUUAGCAUUUCCAACAGGUAUGGAAAAUUGUCGAGUUUCGUUGGCAUGUCAGAGUGCUGGUACAUGCUUUCUAUUGAGAAAAUCACUUUUUUUGAAAUCUUCAGCUCUUUGUUGAAUACAACUGUAAAGCUCUGUU